AGCUUUUGGAACUCGGGCUGAGGGUAUAAAAACCGAUCUGUGCGGCAUUUUCGCGCCACACCCUAAGAGCAGACUCCGGAAGCCUAUACACCGACCAGGACAGAGACUGAAAAUAAGUUUACUGGACUUUUUUCGUUUCUCAGAGAACUUUAGAAGGAAUUUGGAUUUUCCCCUUACCCUCUUUAUACAACUACAGAGAUGACGAAGUUUGUAUUGCUGGUUGCGCUUGCUUUGGCCUGCAGUGAAGCGGGCGCACUGAAGUGUUUCCUUUGCAACAGCGUAUUUUCACCGAACCCGGACUGUGAGAAAAGCCCGCCAGACUCGAAGUAUGUGGCGACCUGUCCAGCCCCUCCAGCCAAUCAGGUAGCCCAUUGCACAAAACUGGAUGGCGUAAUUACUACUAUCCUUGAUAUGGACGACUUUGAGCGCACGUGUGCAAACUUCGCUACCAAUGAACUUCCAGGAAACAAAUGCUACACAGACCAAGAUGCCGAGAACUGGAUCUUGAAAACAGUGGACCCUUCCGUCAGGCCGCUCCUUAACGGCUCUUUCUCAUUCAAAGGCAGCGUGUGCUUCUGCGACACUGACGAAUGCAACAGUGUAGCCUCCGUACAGCCGUUCUUGGGGCUGCUUGUAGUGGCUUUGGGGCUGUGCGUGAUGGGAGUGUGGCGCUAGAGGGCUGAGUUGCCAAAAUUCAACGCGCGCCGUUUAAAAAAAUGGUAGCAGAGGUGGGAUUGCUGUUUUUUACAGCUUGUGGAUUGGUGUCACAGUAGCAUAGAGUAACUUUAUCCUACUUUACUCUGUUUUAGCUUAAAUUUUUGUAAGGUUGGUGGUUCUUAUAUAGUUUAUUCGCCUCUCGUAUCAUCAUUUUAUUUACCGCAUAUGAGAACAUCGCUAUUAUUGUCAGUUAGACAGAAAAAAACAAUUGGAUAGGAUAAGUGGGGAAUAGCUUUACUUUCAGCUACUUUAGACCAAGCCCGAAUUAAUGGCAACAUUGUCGCAGCUGCAAACACAAAGGCUAGACCAGACGUAGCCAAUCACUUCGAACACGUUCAAUGGUAAAUUCAUGAGCUCAGUCUGAGAAAUUAGUUUAGUGUAAAUCGCAGUCAACGUAAAUGGGGUUUCAAUUAGAUGUCUAGGGUUUCAAGAUGAAUGGGUCAUCAAGAUGAAUUUAGGGCGGGGAGAUCAUAUGAGAGGCAUCAAAUGUGAAUUAAGGGUUGUAUUCAAAGGUCUCGUCGCCAUGAUCAAACAGACCUGUGGCUGUACCUAGGAGUAUGAAUUAUCAUCCAGUUUACUGUCUGUGCACGCACUCUAGCCCCGUAUCAUGAUCGCUCGUGUGCCGGGGUUAAAGUUCACAUUUCUAUGUACAGCCGCCGGGCAUGUUUCGUUCAUGACGACACAGCCUCUUGAAUUGGCGAUAUUUUUGUUAUGAUGGCGUGAGCCUACGCAUUACUAUUGCCGAUACUUAUUACUAUAUACUUUUUAGGUACAAUUUGGUUCUAUCGUGUAUUUAUAUCAACCCUCGUAAAAGAAGGCGGGAAAUUCUUCUAAAAAUACAGUCAGUGCCAAGCAAGUGAGUAUAUAUGACAUGUUUGUGGGGGCGGGGGGGCGCUACUCGAGUGACGUCAUGGUGACAACAUUAAGUCAAUUAAACAGGAAGAAAGCAUGGUCGUGUGUGCUGUUUUUAGUUCAAGAUAAUUAUUGGUGAUUUUGGCAAUUUUUUUCGUGAUUUUCUUGCUCUUUUCAGAUGAGAGAAACAUUCUCUCAAACAAACCUUUUGUUUUUCCUGAAUUUUUUUGUUGGCAAAAGCAUUGGUUAAGGCCUUAUUAAAAAAAAAAAAAAAAAAAAAUUGAAUAUGGAAUUAUUUGUCUCUGAUUGACACAAACUUAAUACUUUUUAAAGAAAUGACUGAUUUUGUAUCAUUUUAAAAACAUUGCUAUGAUGGCGAGAGCUUAAGCAAUGUUUUAGUUUUUAAAAUAUAAUAAAAAAUGGUUAUCCGACUAAAGAUAAACUGUAAUGUUUCUUUUUAAUUGCACAGAAAUGUGUAACAAAAGAGUAAACCACAAAAUAUUCCAUGGAGCAAUUUAAACCACAUACUAUCCCCCACAAGCUUGCCACCAAACCAGAGGUGGAUGAAGACAUUUGUUUUCCUAUGGGUCAGAGGCGUCAAUCCGUCUUGAAAGGUGGGGGGGGGGGG